AAAAAAAAAAAAAAAAAAAAAAAGAAAACCUUUUUUUUUUUUUGCUUUUUUUCUCUCACUCAUUUGUAUAAAUUCUUUUCCAUGUCUGACGUUCAUGCACCAUUACUAGGAAAAAGAAGAUUAGAAGAUGAAAGUUCUAGUAGUCAACAAGAAGAAGACGAAUCAGCCGACUACGGUGGAGUGUAUCGCUACCCAGCCUACCUUCAACCAGGUCAUUUCACAUCGCUAGAGAAGCUCAUGUUUUUCUCUAGUUCGAUUUUAUUGAUCCUCCUGUUUAUAUUGGCUGGAUUAUAUGCAAGAAGCAGUCAACAAGAUAAUCAUUCGCCUUCUUUGCCUACUUUUUUACCCACUCCCAAAAACCACACCAAAAAACCCGCUUCAUGUUUAGAGCCAAAUUGCAUCAUCACUGCAUCACAGAUAUUACAGGAUGUAGAUCAAGAGCUAAAUCCGUGUGAUGAUUUUUAUGCAUAUACGUGUGAUCGAUGGCAAUCCAGCCAUUUGAUACCCGACGUAAAAUCCAGAGUGGACAUUCUUUCCGGCAUGACCGAAACCAUCCGUCACCGCCUGGACCAAAUCCUGAGCCGUGAUUAUGUAGACACCUACCGCUCAAAUUUACCCGACCCCAACGCCAUUCUGGAUCGCCAACUGUUUACCAAAGUACAAGAUUUUCAUCGUUCCUGCAUGGACCAAGACAGGAUUGAAAAGAAGAGCAUUUUACCCUUAUAUCCCCUUUUUCGUGCUAUUCGCCAAUUCAUCCCACUCUCCAACGAAGUCGCACACGGUGGCCUCAAUGAUGCGAUUCAAUAUUUAGGCAGUCGGAAUAUAUGGCCCUUAUUUCAAAUGGUCGCCGAACCCGAUAUUAUUGUAAAUCCAACGAAACCUUCGCUUUCGGUCGGACAUGGACAGGUCGGCUUGCCUAGCCGUGAGGCUUAUGAUGAUCCCGACACUUUAAAGACCUACAUGCAGGUCGUCACUAAUAUCCUGGAUAUCAUCUUUAAGCUCGACACCGAGAAUGAAUUCGGCUGGAAAUCAUGGAGCACCAUUGCCACCGCACGUCGCAUUGUUGAAUUCGAAAAGAAAAUAGUCCAGGCCUUGGCUGACACACACCAGCCUGAAAGAUGGUCGAUGCAUGAAUUGCAAACACGCGUGCCUCAAAUCUAUUGGCAUCGCUUUAUUGAUAGGUUAACCGAACCACCCACACAUGUAUUGAUUCCACAUGCCGACUUUAUCGAAAACUUGAGUGGCGAUGUACUGAGUAAUACCAAUCCUCGUACCUUGCAAAUGUAUUUUAUCUGGAGAACCAUCUGGAAAUAUUUAGAUGUGCUUGGUGAGGAGUUUGCAGCUCCCAAACGAAGAUUGGAUGCUAAAUUAAAUGGGAUUGAACCAAGAGCCACACCCGAGCGCUGGGAGACCUGUAUUGAUAUUCUCGAUAAAAGUGCCAUGGGUGUGCUUUUAGGAAGAUACUUUGUUACAGAUCGACAUCAUGACACUGUGAAAGCAAAAGCACAGGUGGAGGACCUGGCUAGAACAGUGGUACAGAUCAUUGAAGACCGUGUAUCCCAUCUGAGUUGGAUUAGCCCUCAAGACCAACUCACACGUGAUCAUAUCUUGAGCAAGUUGAAAACGAUGGAGUUUCAGGUGGGAUUUUCUACUUCAAGGCCAGAUAUUCGAUCUGUGAUUUCACUGUCCGAAUAUUUCAGUGAUGUGACGAUGGAUCCGGAGGAUUUCUUCGAAAAUAUGAUGAAAUCCAACCGCCACCAAGUGAAACAGCAAAUCUGGGGAAUUCUGCAACAACCGACCAUCGAUAAAAACGCAUGGAAAGUAAAUGCGCAAAGUGUACAAGUGUCGUACAAUAAGGAAUUGAAUAAGGUGAUGAUACCCGGUGGAUUGCUCCAACGUCCUUUGAUUGACGCUUCAACUCCCGCCUAUUUUUAUUAUGGAACCAUUGGUUGGAUGAUUGGUCACGAAGUCAUGCAUGCCUUUGACCGUGUAGGAAGGCAGUACAAUAGUCAAGGGAUUUUUGGCUCUUGGUGGGAUAAAGACGCACUAGAUAAUCUAGACUCCCAGAAUCAAUGUCUCGUGUCACAGUACAAUCGUUAUGGGCUGGAUGGUCAAGGCAUGUUGGAUAAUAACUUUGCUGAUAAUGCUGCAUUAGCUAUUGCUGAGACGCUUUGGGUGAACAAGACAGACAAAAUGAUGAUUUUACCAGGAUUAAAUGAUUGGAAUAAACAUCAGUUGGCUUACAUUCAAUUUGCCCGAAUGAAAUGUAGCAAGAGUACAAAAGAACAUCAGCAAUUAAUCAAGGACUAUGCACCUGACCGAUAUCGAGUGAAUGGUCCUCUGAUGAACUCACAACAUUUUACAGACACAUUUCAUUGUAAAGUGGGAUCAUUUAUGAACCCAGAGAUAAAAAAGUGUCAAGUAUGGUAAAUAAAUAUAUAUGUAUAUAUAUAUAUAAUAAAAAAAAACUCUUUUCUUCUUUU